AUGUCUUUCACUUCUUCAUCCCCCGUACACCCUCAUGCUAGGAAUCUGGGACCAGCACACAUUGGAAUGAUGCAUAGGCAGAUUCCAAAGAAUUUUUGUAAAUGGAAACACGCUCAGGUUGUCGAUGAGCGCCCUGACCCAAAGGGUCGCUUUGUCGUGACAAAUAACUCUUUUCCUCCAGGAACAGUCUUGCUACAAGAACAACCCUUUAUAAAAAGUCUUCACCACUCAUAUAGAUAUAGUCAUUGCACGUUUUGCUUUUUGCCUGUCAAGAAACCUAUUCACUGUCGCCGUUCUGGCUGCAGCUGGCCACUCGUGUUUUGUUCCACAGCGUGUGAGAAUGAAAACUGGGAAACUGGAAUACAUUCUUGGCUGUGUCAAUUUCCUGAAACCCAACAAUGGGAUGAUGAUAUCCUGCUUGCUUUAGAUGGAUAUACCAAAGCAAGAAUAAACUGGAAGUCAGGAACUGAUUUAAUCGCACUAUCUGAUCUUGUUUCCAACCUUGAACAUCAUCCCCAGACACAAAUAUCAGAAUACCGUGCAAAGGCAAAAGAAAUAGCAUCCUUAUUUUACCUUUCUGAGCAUGCAGUUGAUUCACUAGUGCUUAUACAAGCACAAAUACGAUGCAACAGUUUCUGUAUCCAACAUACUGCAUCCGCUGUCUCUGAUUCUCUAAUCUCUCAGAUGUCAGACAGUCUUGGAAAGGGAGUUUAUUUGUCUGCUAGUAGAUUGAAUCAUGAUUGCAGCCCAAAUGCAGUUGUUACUUUUGGCCAAGAGGAUACACCCUCUCUCUUAGUGGUACGCAGCACUCAAACUGUAACAGGCGCUGGGGAGAAUGUAUCAAUCAGCUAUGGUCCCAUGGCUGUAAAGCACCCUUUGGUAGAAAGACGGCGUCUCUUGAAUGAUCAUUACUUCUUUGAGUGUCAGUGCAAAUCAUGCUUACCAUCAGCUGAAGUAACAGGCGAAUCGAUCUACCUAUGCCAACAAUGUCCGUUAGGCCGACUCUAUCGACUGCAGCCUAAUUGUCCAAUCUGUAAAUCCUGCACUGAAUGGAGAAUUAUAGAAGAUCAAGAAAAGGAAAUCGAGGGUUAUAUCCGCAAGGGAAAGUUUGAGAUUGCGUUGGAAUGCCAAGAAAGGAUUUAUGAUAAGGAGGCAUACCCAAUUGGUCGUACAGUGGAUGAGCUCGCUCGGGUAUAUGCUAUGCAAGGUGUAUUUGGAUUGUCGGCCAAAUAUAGUAGUCGUUCGCUUGGUAUCGUUCAACGUACUUUUGGCAUGUCCAGUUUGGAGGCGGCUGAAGAAAUGAUGAAAACCAUGCAAUCUAGAAACAAACGAAACAUCAAAGAAACUCUGGAUCAAAUUAACGCAACCCAAAAACUUUAUCGACAACUUGGAUUAGACCAACAGAAGACACAAGACAGUAAUGAGCUCAAUGAUAUGAAAGGAUUUUUUAGUCAAAAAAAGAAUUGA